AUGGCUGGAAGUAAUGAAAUUAAUGCUAAUGAAUCUAAGAGGGUGGUUCCGCUUAAUACAUGGAUCCUUAUAUCCAAUUUCAAGCUUUCUUACAACAUGCUUCGUCGGCCUGAUGGGACGUUUGAUCGUGAUUUAGCUGAGUUCCUAGACCGGAAGGUCCCUACAAACUCGAUUCCAGUCGAUGGGGUUUAUUCUUUUGAUGUAUUUGAUCGUGUGACAAGCCUUCUUAAUCGAAUCUAUCGAUCUGCCCCUGAGGAUGAGAUCGAUUGGGGUAAAAUCGAGCUCGAGAAGCCUUUGAGCACCACGGAAAUUGUUCCGGUUAUAAUUUAUUUCCACGGCGGAAGUUUUACUCAUUCCUCAGCCAAUAGUGCUAUUUACGACACAUUUUGCCGUCGCCUGGUUAAGAUUUGCAAGGCUGUUGUUGUCUCUGUGAACUAUCGGAGAUCGCCAGAACAUCGAUAUCCGUGUGCUUACGACGAUGGAUGGGCUGCUCUAAAAUGGGUAAAAUCAAGGUCGUGGCUUCAAAGCGGAAAGGACUCGAAAGUUCACGUCUAUUUGGCUGGUGAUAGUUCGGGUGGUAACAUUGCUCACCACGUCGCUGUCACGGCUGCUGAAGCAGAUGUCGAAGUAUUAGGUAACAUACAUCUCCAUCCAAUGUUCGGUGGGGAAAAGAGGACGGAAUCUGAGAAGAGAUUAGACGGGAAAUACUUCGUAACAGUUCAAGACCGGGAUUGGUACUGGCGGGCGUAUCUACCAGACGGUGAAGAUAGAGAUCAUCCAGCAUGUAACAUAUUCGGACCGAGGAGUAGAACCCUCAAAGGACUAAAGUUUCCAAAGAGUCUAGUCGUGGUAGCCGGGUUGGAUCUUAGUCAAGACUGGCAAUUGGCAUACGUCGAUGGCUUAAAGACAUCGGGGCACGAGGUAAAGCUCCUGUACCUAAAGCAAGCGACGAUCGGCUUCUACUUCUUGCCGAACAACGAUCAUUUCCCUUGCCUCAUGGAAGAGAUAACGAGCUUCAUCCAUUCUAACUGUUCAUAG